AUGGCAGAAGAAGAUAAGAGUAAGAAGAAGAAGAACAAGCCAACGCUUGGGGAAAUUCAAAGGACGAUGAAGUGCGAGAUAGUACCCUCCAAUGAGGAGGUGAAACUGGAAUGUAAAGAUUGGCCUCUACUAUUUAAGAAUUUUGAUAAAAUGCUGACACGUACAAAACAUUUUACACCUUUAACAAGUGGUUCUACCCCGCUUAAUCGUAGCUUAUCAGAGUACGUAAAGUCAGGAUGCAUCAACUUGGACAAACCAUGUAACCCUUCGUCGCACGAGGUGGUUGCUUGGAUAAAGAGGAUUUUAAGGGUGGAGAAGACUGGUCACUCAGGUACAUUGGAUCCCAAAGUAUCAGGAUGUUUGAUAGUUUGUAUAGACAGGGCGACUAGAUUAGCCAAGUCGCAACAGUCAGCUGGAAAGGAAUAUGUUGCUGUGUUUAAACUUCACUCUGCGCCAGAAAGUAUUCAAAAGGUAAAGCAGUCAUUGGAAAAGUUGCAUGGUGCUCUCUUCCAAAGGCCACCAUUGAUAUCGGCGGUCAAAAGACAGCUUCGCGUAAGGACAGUAUAUGAAAAUGAAUUGCUAGAUUAUAACAAGGAGAUUAAUAUGGGGGUGUUUCGUGUUAGUUGUGAGGCUGGUUCUUAUAUAAGAACUAUGUGUGUCCAUCUCGGGCUGUACGUAGGUACCGGCGCUAAUAUGCAAGAACUUCGGAGGAUUCGUUCCGGCGUUCAAUCCGAAAAAGAUGCCAUGGUUACAAUGCAUGACAUUCUUGAUGCCCAAUGGUUGUACGACAAUCAUGGAGACGAAUCUUAUCUAAGGAGAGUUAUAAAACCAUUAGAAGCACUAUUAAUGAAUCACAAGAGAAUCAUCUUGAAGGAUAGCGCUGUGAAUGCAAUUUGUUAUGGAGCUAAAAUAAUGCUGCCAGGCGUUAUAAUGUAUGACCAAGGGAUAGAAUUAAACCAAGAAAUUGUAAUUGUGACUACUAAAGGCGAAGCUGUUGCACUUGCUAUAGCUUUGAUGACCUCUCCAACUAUGGCUGCUUGUGAUCAUGGAGUAGCUGCAAAAAUUAAAAGGGUAAUCAUGGAGAGAGAUGCAUAUCCAAGGAAGUGGGGUUUAGGUCCUAAAGCAUUGCAAAAAAAACGUAUGGUAGUUGAAGGGACCUUAGAUAAAUAUGGAAAACCAAAUGAAAACACACCUGCAGGUUGGUUACAAAAUUACACGGAUUAUUCUGCAACACCAACGUCAACAGCAGAAAUUAAGACGGAGAAAAACGGUGACGUUGGCUCUAGAAAAAGGAAAAGAGAAGAUGAUACAAGUGUAACGGAUACAAAUGUUUCUAUAAAACAAGAAGAAACAUCAUCACCAGAAUUAUCAUCACCCAAAGAUAAAAAGAAGGAGAAAAAAGACAAGAAAAAGAAAAAAAGCAAAGAGAAGCAAGACAGGGAAGGUGAAGAAUCUAUAGUAAUGGAAGAAAGCGCUAGUGGGGAGGCUCCAGUAAAAGAAAAGAAAAAGAAGAAGAAAAAGGAUAAAAAUCGAGAACCUACACCGAGUUAGAUGGAUUUUUUAUGCAAAAGAAAAAAGAAUUAAACAAUUGUUAUAUAAAAUAUAAAAUUAUUUUCUUUAUGACAUUAUAUAUUACAUUCUCUCUAGGCUAAAAACCCAGUUCUAGUUUCAUAUAUUGUACAGUAAUUUCUCGAGUUUACUGAAGCUUACCCAGGCAGCACAAGAAGGCCAAAAGACAUCUUGAAGAUGUUUAAAGUAUGAUAAAAUAUCUUUAAAUCGUCUUUUAGGGACAUGUGCUGUUUGGGUUAUAUUCUAAGAAAAAAAAGACAAAAAAAUCUUUUUAUAUUAGACUUAUUAUUUUUCUUUUUUAUAUAUUUGCUGACACUAUUGCAUUUAUGCCAUUUUUUCCAGAUGCACAAAUUCCAAUGUAAAAUAUUCCAAAUUACAUCUAAUUCUUAUUCCAUUAAGGCUGAUAAGAAUGAUCAAGAGAGUUUACUGUACAUCUAUAUUUUUUUUUAAUCAUGAAGACGAGAAUUAUAUAUUUUUAUGUCACCGAUACAGAUUUUUAGUAAAAAGUAUGUCCUCUGUAACACGUAUAAAUUAUUAUUAUAUAAACAUAAUUGAUAAUAAUGUAAGAUUAUAUAUUCUAAGAAAUCUUAGAUAUUCCAGUAUCAAUUAUAAUAUGUCACAUUUGAUAAGCUCUUAUUUCAUUGUACAUUACCUCAUUAUCAGAUAUUUAUCAUAUAUUUCUCUUUUGUUCGUUAAACUUUUACGUACCAUGAUUUACAACAAUUUGUAAUAUUCAGUCCAAUAAGUACACCAGAUUCAUCAAGAUAACAUGUAUCUUCAAUAAAAAUUUACACAA